UCAGUUGGACAGUUGAUAUCUGGGCUUUUGUUGUCAAAAUCAGAAAGUUUAGUAUUUGUUUCUGAAUAGUCUUUGAUCAUUUUAAAAAACUCGACAUUUUCUAGCACAAAAUUCAAACACAAAUUCCGUACGAAAUUAUUGUGUUUUUGUGGUAUGCGCCAAGUUGCUUAGCGCCUUACGCAAAGCAUCCACAAAACAAAAAAAAAAAUCAUAUCCAGUGCCGUUCCCCGUACCAAGAAGAAAACCGAAAUUCCUGCCGGAGCGAUCAGACUCUGCAUUGUCUCGACAAACGUAUCCUUAUCAUAGGGGACACAGCUGUAAAUGGAACGUGCAAAUGUUUACUAAAUUUUUAAUGGAUAGAAUGGACAAAAAAUUACAGCAACAACAGCAGCAGCAGCAGCACCAGCAGCACCAGCACCAGCAACAGCAACAUCUACGUCAACAUAUGCAAGCCCAACCGCACUCGCAUAUGCAUUCACACUCGCAUUCGCAUCAGCAGCAGCAGCAGCAGCAUCAACAGCAACAGAACCAGCAUCAUUCGCAACAUCAGCAUCAGCAUCAUCAUUCGCACUCGCAUUCACAUACCUUUCACUGCAGUCAGCAACAUAAGCCACUGACGCAUCCCUUGCAGGCCAAGCUGGUGGCUCUUGAGGCGAAGCUGAAGCAAGGCUCUGGAUCAAAUUUAACAGCAGCAACGGCUGGCUUAGCAACAUCAUCUGCCACGACGGCAAUGGCAGCAGCAGCAGCAGCCACGCCAACAUCGGCAACAAACAGCAAGAAGUCGCAUCAGCAACAACAACAACAACAGUUUUCCACUCGUUCGGUGGGCUUGAAGGAGUCGGCUGGCAGGGAGCGUGAGCGUGAUCGUGGCAAUUGCAAGUAUGAGGCCAGCAUGGGCAUGUUGGGGCGUUACUGCGUGUCAAACACUGUUGGAGGUGGCGGUGGCGGUGGCGGUGUGGCCGGUGCUCAACAACAGGUGGCGCCACAGCAGGUGCUGCCCGUGCUGCCGCUGUUGACGCAAGUGCAGCGUGUGAACAACGACUUGACGGAUAAAUUGUCCCGCAUGGCACGGCGCAAUACAAUUAAAUUCAGAGAACUAGCCGCCCUACAGGUACAGGACAAGAACACAGAGGCGCUGCAAGAGCUACAGACAUCCAUACCGGAGAUAUCGAAAAUCUUCGAUGUACAUUGUCGGAUUGGCAGCGGCACCUUCUCCACCGUGCUCCUGGGCACUCUGCAGCGUGAACGGCAGCUGCCGGAGUCGCAACGUCGUCGCUUCGCGAUCAAACAUCACAAUCCAACCAACCAUCCGGAGCGCAUCUUGCGCGAAUUAGAGUGCAUGUUUCGCAUGGGCGGCGACCACAAUGUGAUUGGCAUCAAUUGUUGCAUACGCUACAACGAUAAUGUGGCCUUUGUGAUGCCCUUCAUGAGCCACGAUCGCUUUCAUGACGUCUAUCGCAAUCUGAGUCUGUUCGAGGUGAAGGACUACUUGCGCAAUCUCCUGAUUGCGCUGCGCCACGUCCACAAGUUCAAUGUCAUCCAUCGGGAUGUGAAGCCGAGUAAUAUAUUGUAUAAUCGUCGGACGGGCAAAUUUUUGCUGUGCGACUUUGGCCUGGCGCAGCGCCUGGCCGACGAUGGCAGCUUGAUUCAGGCAUCGGAUCUGAGCGGUGCCGCCGCCCUGCUGCGCGAUAUGGACGCGGCACAGCAGCAACUGUUGCGUCACGAGGGCUACAGCGUUCAGGCUGAGGACGAGGCAGCCGCUGCACAUCGCCAGCAUGCCGAUUCGGAGCGACGAAUGCGUGCAGCUGGCGGUGGCACCACCGCCUUCGGUGAGUCGUCCAAUCUGCUGCUGCAGGAGCCGACCAAAAAGGAUUUGGCCGCACAGAAGGCGGACACCCAGCGAUUGAUUAAUCGCCUGCGCUACACGAACGGCAAUGUGGAUCCAAACAACUACGUGGUAUCCACGAAUAAUACGCGUAAAGAGAUGCAUGCCUCGAGGGCCGGCACACCUGGCUAUCGCCCGCCGGAGGUGCUGUUGCGCUAUCCGCACCAGACGACAGCGGUGGAUGUGUGGGCAGCUGGUGUGAUAAUGCUAUCAAUGCUAUCCUCGCUGCAUCCGUUCUUCAAGGCGCCCAACGAUUGUGCCGCUCUAUCGGAGAUAAUGAAUCUCUUUGGCGAUUUGCAGGUGCGCAAGACGGCCUUCAUGCUGGAUCGCCUUGUGCUGAUCACCCAAAAGGUGGCCGCAUUGGAUUUGCGACGCGUCUGCAUGCGUUUCCGUUAUGCAAAUCACUUUCUGUCGCCCGAGGUGCAGCGACGCCAUCGUCGCGCCGAUGGCAACACCGAGCUGUGUCGCCACUGCGAACAGCCCACGUUCAAUUGCAUUUGCAAGCACAGCAGCCACAUACUAGAGACCUACGAUGGCCUGGAUAUGUUCCCGCUGCAGGCAUACGAUCUGCUUAGCCGCCUGCUCGAAGUGAAUCCGCAGAAACGCAUCUCAGCCGACGAGGCGCUAAAGCAUCCGUUUUUCAAUGAACAUCAUCGCCUCAUCAGCGGCGUACCGUUUAGCCAAUUCACAGCGCCUGUUGCCGCUCUGCGGUCACGGGAGUCGCUGCAGGCAACCGGUUCGCGUUCCCUAACGCCGUACAUCUCCUACCCGCCGGGCGUCAAGCAAAUGGCCGCAGUAGAGCUGGGCAACAAUCGUACGGCAGCCACAUCGACAACCCAUGUUUGAGAGUCAAUCGCAUAUAUACAGUUCUUUUCGCGUUUUUGUACGGCCGUCGCCCAUACGGGUGCUAGCAAAUUUUCAAUUGAAAAACCGCC